UAACUCUGAAGUUCUCCUAAAACGUUGCGUUAUCCUCACUUCCUCUGUCUUCUUAUUGAAUUUUGGUGAUAAAUGAACCAAAUGUGUGUGGAAUAUGAGAUCAUACUUCUCAUUCCAGUAGCAACUUAAAUUUACAUUAAAUUUUGGUUGGUUGGUUCAUUUUUGUAGGUUGACAAAAUGUGAGGAACUCUGCAGCAGUGACGAUGACUUUUCCUAGGCCACUUGCUUAGAGAGAACGAUAUUUUCCGGUUGAAGGGAAGAUCAUUAAAAUAGGAUGCUGGCGUUCGACUCUAUGUUUAUGGAAGAAAGAUCAUAUCUUUAGAACCAUGUCUGACUGAGUGGCACUGGCCGCACUGUUGGACCUGACGUGUGUUCCUGUUGAUAGUCAAUAAAAGUUUCUGGUGGCCGAUUGGACUCCACUGUUGACUAUUUUCAAGUACCAGGAGCUAGUUCUGGUAUUGAGAUUCAAAUUUUGACUAGCUUAGCUCUCUAAAUUUGCCAGCUUUCUUAAUUUGGUCGUCUUGAAUUUCCAUACUAAUCGGCUUGUCUAGUCACUUCAAAGGUCCAACGUAUUCGCAGAUUAGGUAGAGUAUUUCAAGUUGUGGUUAUUACGCGUUGGGUCAUUUUGGAUAGAGUCUGAAAAUCCCAAGGAUUUGUUUUAACUGUACCGACGUUUGGCUUUAUUAGUUGAAGUUUCUUAGUUUCAGCCCAAGGCAAUCAUCAUAAUCUGUGGGCAAGUUUGGUGUAAGCAGAGAAGAACCAGAUGGAGGAUAAGAAACAGAGUCGUCCUCAUCACUUCGUGCUGGUCCAUGGAGCUUUCCAUGGAGCGUGGUGUUGGUACAAGGUUGUUCCUUUACUGGAAAAAGCUGGCUACAAAGUGACCACUCUCGACUUGGCCGCUUCUGGGAUCCAUCCAAAGCAGGCUACCGAGCUGGGUUCGAUAUUGGACUACCUCGCGCCUCUUAUGGAGUUGAUGGCUUCUUUAGCAGGAGAAGAAGAGAAGGUGAUCUUAGUUGGACAUAGUAACGGUGGUGUUGGGAUAUCUGUUGCAAUGGAAAAGUUUGCAGAGAAAGUAGCUGUUGCGGUGUUUGUAGCGGCUAUUAUGCCAGCUCCUCAUCCUGAUGCCAGCUACUCUGUUUCGAAAGAAGAGUAUUUCAAGCGAAUUGAUUUCAUGGAUAGCCACUUCUCAUACCAAGAUGGUCCAGAAAAUCCUCCGACCAGCGUAUUGUUUGGACCCAAGGCGAUGUCAACUAAAUUGUACCAGCUCUCCCCACCUGAGGAUUUGACGCUGGGAAUGAUGCUAAUAAGACCGUUCCCUGUCUUCAAAGAUGAGGAAGCAGAAGCUGAAAUACCCCUGACAAGAGACAGAUAUGGAUCGGUUCCUCGAGUUUAUGUUAUCUGUGAAGCCGAUGAGAUUGUCAAGCCAGAUUUGCAGAGAUGGAUGAUUGAGAACAAUCCUACUGAUGAGGUCAAAUCCAUAUCUGGGGCUGAUCACAUGCCUAUGUUCUCAAAACCACAUGAGCUCUGCUCUUACCUUUUGGAGCUUGCCAGCAAGUUUGUUUGAUGAAUGAACUGAUUGCCUCGGGUUUCCUGCCCAUGGUAGCUAAUCUGGGCGAGUUAGAGUGCUACUGAAGCGUUAUUGUAUGUAGUGGUAAUCUUAAUUACGUGCAUUAAUUAUCCAUAUAUUUUUUUUACAGAAUUAUCCAUAUUAUUAUAAUUAUAUUGUCAAUAAAAACGAAUAUAAAUU